ACUGUUUUUUUCCUGUUCCAGUUUAUCUAGUUGCCUGUUGCGCACGUACACCCUGUCUCUGGAUCGGGAAGCUCUGGCAGGACCAAAAUCAGUUCAGUAUUACGCGAGUGGUGCGUGAGAAACGUCGAAAUGGCCGUCGCGACGGCGUCAACGUAACGCCGUGAUCGCCAUGACUACGUCUGGACGCCGCUUUUUUGACAUCGCGGGUGCCACUUUGAUCCUGCUACUUUUCGGCCAUCUGUCGACCUUCCAUGGACUUGAACUUGGUGACCAGUGCUUUCAACCAUUGGGUUUGGAGUCUGGACGGAUCCAAGACGCUGCCCUGACAGCCAGCAGCAGCUACGAUUCAGGAAGCGUGGGCCCGCAUCAUGCCAGGCUGCGCAACAACAAGCAAGGAGGCGCUUGGUGUCCGCGUCAUAUGGUGUCCCGCAACUCCCGAGAGUACCUGGAAAUCGACCUGGGAAAACUGCACGUCAUCACAGGCACCAAAACUCAAGGGCGCUAUGGAAAUGGACAGGGCCAAGAAUACGCCGAACAGUACAUGGUCGAGUACUGGAGGCCCGGACUACAGAAGUGGGUGCGCUGGAAAGAUCGCAGCGGCAAAGAGUUACUGUCGGGAAAUAGCGACACUUUCACCAUAGUGGAACAGACUCUGGAUCCUCCGGCCAUUUCUUCCAAGCUGCGAAUUCUUCCCUACAGCGACCACGUGCGAACAGCCUGCAUGCGCAUUGAACUAUCCGGCUGUCCUUGGAUUGACGGGCUGCAGAGCUACAGCAUGCCACAAGGAGUGAAAAAAACCGAUCUGGAUCUCAGCGAUCGCAGCUACGACGGCCUGGACGAGAAUGGACAGCUGCUGCAUGGGCUCGGACAGUUGACCGACGGCGUUAAGGGACAGGACAAUUUUCGACUUGAUAUUAAAGGGCUUGGCAAGGGAUAUGAAUGGAUUGGCUGGCGGAACGACACUCCAGGUUGGGCCGGACUUCCGCUCGAAAUUCUCUUCGAGUUCGAUAGAGUGCGCAACUUUUCCGCCGCCCAUUUAUACACCAACAAUUGGUUCACCAAAGAUGUACAGGUUUUCUCGCAUGCCCGCAUCUUCUUCAGCCUGGACGGACUCAAGUUCAGUCCGGAACCCGUUCAUUUCUCCUACAUGCCCGACCUGGUGAUGGAGCACUCUCGAAACGUCACCAUCAAGCUUCAUCAGCGCAUCGGGCGCUUUAUGAAACUUCAACUUUACUUUGCAAGCCGAUGGAUUCUGCUCAGCGAAGUCUCAUUUGAGUCUGGGUUGUUGAUUGGAAACUUCACUACUGAGGCGGAGUUGGCGGCAACGCUGCCGGACUUCACGGAAAGAGAGUACGCCAUUCAAGGAGAUGAGGUCCAGACGGCGUCCAAAAACUCCGGCAGAAACAUCAGCCGAGUGAACGCGUCCGGGCAAAAUCCAGCUCAGAUCAAAUCAAAGGGCUACAUAGGCAUUCUGAUCGCGAUUCUAACCGCAAUAAUUCUCUGCCUGGCUGCUGCGAUCGUGCUAAUAGUGCUGAAGAGCCAGAAGAGCAGGGCGGCGCUUACCAGCGACAACGAAAAGAUUGCUGUUGAUGAGCAAUUAAAAAGUGGGGCUGCGCCCCAAGCCAUGCCACCGUCACCAGCGUUUUCCAACUACGCAGAUAUUCCCGAUUUGGUUUCGAAAAGUCGGCCCACUGUUGGUGAGGAAGGGGCGGCACUUUUUCUCACUGAUCCACCGCCAGUACCGCCCCCACCUCAAAACUACUACUCCAGGGAGGAGAUUUCCGGCUUGAUUUCGCACUCGGGAUACGUUUUGAGAUCGAGUUCACGUUCGCGUUUGAUGCUGCCGCUGAGCCCCCACAUGGGAGCGGUGGAAAGCAAAGUGGACACAUUUUCGAUUAGGAAAAUCUCCAGUGAAAAAUUGCGGGUGAUGGAAAAAGUGGGAAAAGGCCACUUUGGGGAUGUGCACUUGUGCGAAACGACCGGAACGCCUUUGAGCGUUAAAGGCGAAGCGACUUUGUGCGUGCUCUACACUCUGGAGGACGCCACUGCUUUGGAGGCGUUCAAGCGGGAGGUGAACCAGCUGGCCAGAUUGCAUGAUGAGAAUGUGGCCAUUGUGCUGGGAGCCUCAUUGCAAGAGCCUUCUUACUAUGCGGUGCGACAGUACGCACAUUUGGGCGAUUUGUGCCAGUUUUUGCAAGAUCACGUAGCGGAAUCCACGAGCGCCGUUGCCAGUAAUGCCCGCAUAUUAAGCUAUGGUUGCCUAAUUUACAUGGCCACCCAACUGGCCUCUGGCAUGAAACACCUGGAGCAAAUGCAGGUGCUUCACAAGGACUUGGCCGCCAGAAAUUGCCUGGUGGAUCUGAACUACCAAGUGAAAAUCUCCGACUUGGGCUGCUACCGGGACGCCUACAGUCAGGACUACUGCCAUUGCAGGGGUAAACAUCCGCUUCCAUUGCGCUGGAUGUCCUGGGAAAGCGCUCUUUUGGGCACAUAUUCCAGCAAAAGCGACGUCUGGUCUUUUGCGGUCCUGCUCUGGGAGAUCCUGACCUUUGCCAGGGAGCAGCCUUUUGAGUAUUUGCCCGACGAAAGACUGCUGGAGAAUUUCUCCCAUCAUUACCAGAACGAUGGUCAGCAGAUGUACCUGAACGUGCCGCACAUCUGCCCGAAAGAGAUUUACGACCUGAUGAUGGAGUGCUGGAACCGAAACGAGUCGGACCGGCCGACUUUUCGCGAAAUCCAUCUCUUCCUGCAGCGAAAGAAUCUGGGCUUUAGCGCGCAAAUUCACUGACAAAAACUACGCGCAAAGCUGCUGACCUGCUACGACAAUAAUUACCGCCGUUUAAGAAACUCGUUGCGUUCGCUUGAAAAAAAUUGAAACCCCCGAAUCCCCGUUUUCCUUGACACUAUUUAAGCCCUUCCCUUCUCUGCUUAGUGCCUUUUUACCUAAACUUGCCCCCAUGUACAUUGCCUGAUGACGGCCGGACGGGACCGCUAACCGAAACGUUGCCACCAUCGAAUUCAUUUGCUUUGUACAUAGAUGUAAAUUGAUACGGCUUUCGCAGCAUCACGACUUUAGCCACUAGUUUGUAAAUAAGACGUUUGUAAAUUCUUACUACUGGGCGUUUGUAUUUAAUAUUAUUAUUAUUAUCAUUAUUAUUAAUAGUUACCUUAUAAGUAUGUUAAGCCUGGAUAGAGCGGCUAGCAAAUUUAGGUACUUUGGACCAACGAAAAUAAACCUUUAUUAACAA